AAUUAGGGUUAUUCCUGUAAAACAAUAUAGCCUAAGUUACGCCAUUUUAAAAUCAUGUUAAGGCCUUAUUUUACUCUGUAUAACCUGAGUAUAUAAUUUAGCUGACAGUUUAAGGAGUGUGAGAACAGGAUGUGUGGUUCCUGUGUUUUUAGAGGAAGUUGUGUUCUUGAGAUGUCCAGGUCGGCUUGACCUCGUUAAGAAAGGGAAGUGCGUAUAUGCUGAUAUACAUGUGUAAGCAAUAUUUUUAAGUAGGGUAUUUUUAUAUACUGGAAUUAUGGGGACUUUCCAUAAUGGGAAUAUCAUGUGUUCAUCUAUUAUAUAAAGUCUGAAAUUGUACUCAAGGGACAUGCUUGUAUCCUGUAAGAUGUAACCUGAAAAUUGUAUAAAAGACGGCGAGAAAGGAUGGCAUUUCCUGUGUAUCACAAUUGGCGCUGAACAGGGACUUGAGGACCUUUCGUCGGGUAAGCAAAUAAAUCUAAAAAAGCGUGCUAAACACUGUUUUGGUGUUAAGGUUUGUUUUCUUGCCGGACGGGAGCAGCUUCUCUAAUUAACCCUGGGACGGAGACUUGGAGAUCAGGACAGGAGACAGGAGGAACGUUCCGGGGGACUGCACUGGGAGUCUAAAGGAUUAUUGGCGCAAACUCCACCGCUUGAUUUCCAAAUCCAUGAAUAUAAGAGUGGAGACUGGGUCCUGAUUAAAGCACUUAAGGAGAAAAAGUUGCAAUCGGUGUGGGAAGGACCGUUCCAAGUUUUGCUGACUACUGAAUCGGCUGUGAGGACAAAGGAACGAGGUUGGGUGCAUUAUUCAAGAGUGAAAGGACCGGUGUCUUCGCCAUAUGGAUGGACGGUGGAUACAAAAUCUACAGAUCCGUUGAAAUUGACCUUUCGUAGACAACCUUUAGAUGAUUGAUGACCGACGGAUGGAAGAAAAGUUUUAUGAAGAAUUUUGUAUUUGGUUAGGAGUGAUAUUGAUUUUUGUUAUAUUUUUGAUUGUAUUAAGAAAAGAUAUAAUUGAUUGGUGUAAAUCUAUGCUUUGGUAUCCAGUGGAUGAAAGUUCACCUCGACAGUUUGAUACUUUGGUGGUAAGAUAAUAAUAUUUUAUCUUUUUGAAAGCUAUAUUGGAGAGGGGAAUUAGUCCACUAGGAAGAUGGGGUAUAUGGUGUUUCUGUUUAUUUUAUUGAAGGUGCAGAUAGGGAUGGAAAAAGAGAUGUUGGCUGUGUUACAAGAUUAUCCAAUAACAUGGCAGCAGUUAUGUUUCCAUACUGAACUUGAGCACCGAUAUUCUUUAAUAGAGACACUGACCUUGAUAGAGGGUGCUGAAGAAGCUGAUAUAUGUAUAAGAUCAUCUUUUGUUGAUGGGAUACCCUUGGGCAGAUAUGCUAAUUGUAAUAAUACAUAUGACAUUACCACUAAAUACACUGAUUUGUCAGAAAGAAUGGAGUUUUUAUAUAAUCAAUGUACUGAUCUUUAUGGUAAUCAUACUCCUUCAUAUAAGAAGUUCCGUAUUUUGGAGGAGGGAUUACAUUUUCCAUAUUUUGAAAUAAAGGCCCCUUCGAAGUUAAUGUUUUUAUGUGGAAAUUUGGCUUUGCCUAAAUUGCCUUAUUUUUGGAAGGGAAGAUGUGCUGUUGGUUAUCUUAAAGCACCUUUACGACAUGCCAGAAGUAUUGCUGAACGGAGGAUGAGAGAAGGCAAUAUAUUUCUGGAUUUAAUGAAGGUAGCUUUAAACAGUACUUCCUUGUGUGUCAGAGGUGAGACAACUGUCUCUGAUAUAAUGGCUACAUGCUUUGUGGGGGUACCAGUACCGGGAAAGUUUUUGUUUGAGGAAGCAAAUAUUGUAAUAGAGCCAAAUAAUCUUAAUUUGUCACAUAUUAUAACAUUAUUUGGGAGUCCACAAAAGCCAACUAAGUGGACAAAUCAGAAGAAACUGGUGAUUGAAGUUAAGACAAUAUUGCCAGCAUAUGAUUGUGUAAUAUAUAAACAUCCUGAGAAGCGACCGGAGAAGGUAAUAUAUGUUCCUGUGCCUAAUAAAAAGGUUUUUCACUGCUCAGAGACGGAGGAAGUGGAAGCUAUAAAUCAGGUUCUAUAUUUGCCUAAAGGUUGGUUUCUCUUUUGUGGGUUAUAUGCUUAUGCAUAUAUUCCAGCAUAUGCAGUAGGUGGUCCUUGUACUAUUGGCCGUUUAACUACUGUUAUGGCUGUUGCACAUUUUAAAGAUAUAAAUUAUAAAACAGAGUUUUAUUAUGAGAUGAUGAAUGCAAGUCUGUAUCAUACUGACCGUGUUCAGAAGAAAGUAAUGACUAAAGUAACUACGCAUGGAGGUGUUGAAAGUGUAGAGGGACAUGGAAAUGGAGAAAUUCCUAGGCCUGAAGGGGAACCUCAUUUGAUUAUAUAUGCUCCUAAGAAUCCUACUAAAUGGCAUAUUACUCCGAUAGAAACAUAUGACCAUGUUGGAGAAGGAACAUAUAAGGGGAUUUAUAGAGGUAAAAGAGAUGCUACACAAUUGGAAUUUGAUGCUAAUUGUAAUGAUGAAGUGGUAGUACUGAAUAAGGUUCAGGCUGGACUUUUGGGAAUGUUUCCAUGGAUGUCUACGCAAUAUAGUCAGAAUCAACUUGGACACCUAGCUUGUGCUUUAGCUAAGAGUAUAAAUGAGACAUCUUCUGCUAUUGCUGCAUUAGCGGAUGAGAUGGGAGAAAUAAGACAAUCAUUAUUACAAAAUAGAGUGGCUAUAGAUUAUAUGCUAUUAAGAAUGGGUCAUGGGUGCGAGGAGUUCCACGGCCUUUGUUGUUUCAAUGUAUCCGAUAGGUCUCAAUUUAUAGAAUCUAAGAUAAAAACAUUACACAAUAUUACUACACAUUUAACAUAUGUAACUGAGAAUACAGCUUUCAAAGAAGUUUGGGGUAUAUUAACUUCAUGGUUACCUAGCUUUACAUGGUUAAGGGAAUUGUUUGUAGGCAUAUUAUUGAUUGUAGUUAUAUGUCUUAUUUCCUGUCUUUGUAUUAAAUGUAUACCUCUUUGCUGUAAUGUUUGGAAGUGUUGCUGCCGAAUAAAGAAGCAAAAGAAAUUAGUUGAAGAUUCGCAUGGUGGCUUGGGAAGAAGAGAGGUUUCUAUAAUGUUGCAAGAUAUACAUAGUUUCCAGGAAUAAAAACUGAUAAAGAGGAGAAGGAGGGAUUGUGAGAAAUAAAGAAAUUAGGGUUAUUCCUGUAAAACAAUAUAGCCUAAGUUACGCCAUUUUAAAAUCAUGUUAAGGCCUUAUUUUACUCUGUAUAACCUGAGUAUAUAAUUUAGCUGACAGUUUAAGGAGUGUGAGAACAGGAUGUGUGGUUCCUGUGUUUUUAGAGGAAGUUGUGUUCUUGAGAUGUCCAGGUCGGCUUGACCUCGUUAAGAAAGGGAAGUGCGUAUAUGCUGAUAUACAUGUGUAAGCAAUAUUUUUAAGUAGGGUAUUUUUAUAUACUGGAAUUAUGGGGACUUUCCAUAAUGGGAGUAUCAUGUGUUCAUCUAUUAUAUAAAAUCUGAAAUUGUACUCAAGGGACAUGCUUGUAUCCUGUAAGAUGUAACCUGAAAAUUGUAUAAAAGACGGCGAGAAAGGAUGGUAAUUUGCUCUCUCACUUGAGGGGGACCUUUGCAAAGACAUAAUUAAUAAAUAAACUGUAUUCUUGUCUUAUCU